AGAUUCCCCAAGCCAAAAUUGACUCGCCAUAGAUUUGGUGCAUCUUGCAGAGUACACAAGGAGCACAAUCUCGUUCGGCGCAUCGCCCUCGUAUCUUGGCAGUACGAACGACGAAGAUGAAGUUUGGGAAGGAGUUGCUGAAUGCGGUGAACCAAUCCAACCCGGAAUGGGGUCCAUUUUGGAUGAACUACAAAGCGCUGAAGAAGCGCAUCAAGGCCGUGGUGAAAUCGGCGCCGUCGUCCCCCACAGUGCGGGCCAGCGUGGACUCGGAAGACCUGCGGGAAGUGGACUUGACGCAGUGCCAAGAAGAAAUCGACUUCUUCACGGAACUGCGGGACCAACUGCGGAAACUUGCCUGUUUCUACGUCGCCGAAGAGAAGCGGUACCACUUUCGCUUCCAACAACUGCAGGCGGUGCUCAAGGACAUGAAAAAGAAGGCCGAGAUCGACGAGAUCGACGCCAAGCGACUCAUGGUGGCCUGCGUACACUUCUACGGCGAAUGCAUCCAGCUCGAGAAUUACGCUGUGACCAACUACCAAGGGUUUUCCAAGAUUUUGAAAAAGCAUGACAAAAUGACCGGCCACAACACCCGCACCAAGUACAUGCGCAAGAUGGUCAACCAAAGUCCAUUUGCCAACUACCCGCAGCUGAUUUCCAUCUUGGACGGCACCGAGCGCAUGUUCACCGAGAUCCCCGUCGGCGAUUCCGUCAUGCAGACCGCCAUGUACAUGGCGAUGAUGGGGCAGGCGAGCGCCCCCCGACGAGACUCAUCACAACCGUCAACCAUGGAAGUGGACUCGUAGACGACGGCGGCGGCGAUGGAGCGCACCAACCCCCCCCCACUUGUUAGCCCCGAGUACUACCUCCUACUACUUUAUACCCCCCCAUCCCAACCACCGCAUGGUGGCCGUGGGUGUUGUUUCAAUAUAUUUGGCAUGUCCCAAGUUGUGUAUUUC